AAUACUACUGGCCAAAUUUGUUACUGGUAGCAACGUGAUCUGGUUGCCAAGCUAAAGCUAGCGUUAGCCUAGCUUACCGAGCUAAUCGAUAAGACAUGAAAUCCGACUCGUGGAGAGGACAUCGUCUCACGUUGAUGUUGUCAACCUUGCAUUGCACGCACCGAAAAGGAAGCUAGCAUGAACCGUUCCAGUCGACCCAACAGACACGGCACACCGGCAUUCACCAGGGCAACGCGCCCGGGAGCGUCAAAGCCUGACCUGGAGAGAGAGUCAGGCUUCUCAGAUGCUAGCUCGGGGUACCUCAGUGCAGUCGAUCUGACUGACUCCGAAGAUGCAGGAAGGACGGGGAUGUUCUGCCAGGACCCAAAUGGUCCACAGGUGGCCGUGAUGGGAGGCUCAUAUGCCGGACUGUCUCCAAUGAUUAUCAUGAACAACUUGGUCCUGAAUCAGCCAUCAGUGAUGGCUCCAGCAGAGAAACAGUGGGGCUUUUCUUCACCCUUGGAAGUGAUGGCUCAACCACAGGUGGUUCUUCUCCAACCCAUGGUGUCGAACGGUGCCAGCAGCUCUCCAAAGACUUGCUCUGAAAAUAUCCGACAAUCCAAAGGCCAAAUGCCCGUCAUCAAGUCAUACCCUAGAAUCGCCCCUCUCCCUGCAGAUAUGCCAACUAAAAAGGUGGGAUCCUCCAGGAUGAGGCCGGGUUCAACAUCAGGAUAUGACCAGCGAAAGAGGAGGCACCACCACAGCCACAGGCCUUACAGCUCCCGCAGCCCACAGCCACAACUGAAGAGUCCAGUCAAACCCAUCUCCAACUCAGAAACCGCAAACAACCAGGCGCAGGCAGCGGAGCGUCAGGAGCAGCUUGGUGACGAGUCCCUUUACCUGAUGGCAGGAACCGGCGCUCUGCCGCCCAUGACAGAUGAAUUCAGGACAGGGGAGGACAGUGAUGAAAUCCACGACUCUAUCUCAAUGGAGAACAACAAACUGAAACGUUUCAGCAAUACCUACAAUGUUCUCAACAAGUCUGGCUUGCUGGGGAUCACCAUGCGCACAAAGCAGCUGAUGAAGGAGAACAAGCGCACCCAAGGCCAACUGAAGCAGCUUCAAGAGCAGACGGCUCUGCUGCUAGAGGCGCUGAGCAGCAGAGACCCACAGCUGUGGACUAAACUCCAGCUCUCUCUGCAGGACAUGGAUAAGGAACAGUGGGGAGCUAAAGCUCAGAGACCUCUUGCAUAAUGUAUUUGGUGCAUGUGACCAGAGGUUCUCGGUCUGAGGGACAAAAGGUGGUUUAAUGAAUGUGAAAAACAAAUCUCAAAUCUUUUCAAGAAGAGCCUUCUUUUUGUGAAAUAAUCAACUCAGCAUCACACAUUACAACGUAACAGAGAAUAAUUGAACUAAACCAAAUGCUUAAAUGCUUUCAUCAGCAGGUUUUAAGUACAAAUGAUCUUAAAGUUGCAGACAAUGGAGACAAAAAACAAGAACUGCUGGUCUGAUCUCCAAAAUAUGAAGAUGUAGCACAUCCACUGUUAGCAGGUGGGAGUUAGGUAGCAUGCUUACAUUUCAAACCCUUGCCUAUAACAUUUUUUCUUUCCAAAUAGCAAGUAUCACUUGCAAUAGGGCUAUGCCAAACUCCCGAUGGCAUAAAGCAUGCCUUACAGCAAGAUGUGAGGGCACAUGGGGCUCAUCUCUUGUACAUGCCCUGACUCUGUUCUGCAGAAAAUACACAAGCACCAUUUUUUAAAACUUUUUAAAUGGAAUAGAAAUCCCAAUUUGGAUGGAGGCAUUUAGAUUUUUCUCUUUGCUGAAAUGCAUCUUGAAUCAUCAAGGUUUUUUUUUCUUUUUCUGUUGACCUUGUUUUUACAUUGUAUAGUAUAUGAAACUGAAAAAAAGAGUUUGAGGUCACAGGUUUGGUUUAACAUUACUUAUUUUUAAUGAAAAUUUGUAAAUAUGAAUCUGGUAUCUUAAGUAAUUAUUUUUUAAAGGAGUCUAUUAUCCUAAUUUCCAGCUACAUUUUUUGAUUGUGGGCCACCACUACAGAAGCUUUACAUGAUGGACAAUUCAGAAGACCUUAGUUAUCUCAUACUGCCGGUUCUGCAGGCCCUGAGCACUACUGUGACAUACGUCCGCCUCAUUGUUUAAAACGCCAUGUUUUAAUAUGGACGUCUGACAUUGCAACAUAAUGUAUUUGACAGAACAUACGGGAAAAGCAUAAUGGGCCUCCUUUCAUUAUUUUUUUUCUUGCAUUGGUCUAUUUUCUGCUGCAUACUGUACCUAGGGUCGGGUCAUAGUGGCGACAUGGUUAACCGAGCAGCCAGACGUCUCUGUCCUCUGCAACGUUUUACAGCCCCUCUUGGGGGAAUCCCUAAGCAUUCGAUAAUAAUCUCUCCAGCAUGUUAUGGGUCUGCCCUGGGGUCUACCUACCACUCAGGAGGCCUUCUAACCAGAUGCCUUAACCCAAAAGUGAAAGAUCAGCAGCUCUACUCAGAGUUCCUUACCAUACCCUUACCCUCAGGCUAGAUAAUAUUGACAAAUGCUAAACCAGUUACAAAUGGAAAACAGUACAUUGUACUGGGUACUGUACAUAUGUUGUUUUGGCGACUGUCUGCGCCUGCUGCUGCGUAUGACUCCUCUGCCUGCUGCCCUGUAUUUCUGUUUUUGACCGAGGCUGAAGCUCUGUGAACUACAACGGCACUAAGUACGGUGUAUGAAAACAUAAACCGUAUGUACGUUAGUAAUAUUAACAAACCAAUAACAUUAUAAGAGGUUUGAGAGUUCUCGUGAGCAUUUUAAUUUUUUUCGAAAGAUCCCCGGAAGAGAUGUAGGAGUUUACAAAUUAGCAAGAACUUUAAUUAGAGCAAGUGCAGUGCUGUAGCCAUAGAACUGUCCUGAUUUAGCAUAUGUUGCUGCCGUGCUUAUUGCUCCUGUAAUUUCAAGCGUAAUAGGAUUUAGUUUUAGCUGAAACUUUAAGACAGUAAUGACUGCUAAAUAUUUUCAUUUAGUUUCUUGUUACAAACUCUUGCACUUUAGCUACAAGAUUACUGACGACAAUUGUUUGUGUCUCCAAAGGAGCAUUCUGUCUAGGUAAAAUAAUGUGAGUAUAAAUGUUUAACUGGAGGCCUGUGCCUUUCAAUUUGUCUGUUUGUCUCCAUAUCAAUGCGUGAGCAGCUUAGAUUUUUUUGUAUUUCUUUGUGAGCUUUAUGUGGAAGAUUGUUGAAUGCCUCCAAAGAAUUGAUGUUGUUCUUGGAAAGUGGAAAGUGAACCAUAGCUCUGGUGACAUAGUACAUUCAGAGUUGCAGUGGCGAUAAGAUAACCGUGAAGACAGAUAGUCAUAAAUGGUUGUGUCGAACGCUGAGUGUAGGUCAACUGUUGUGUAAUUUAUUUUAGCAACUAAUGUUGCAAUAUUUUGUAAUCAUAGAAAUAAAUAUUGGUCUUGUUUUUUGUUUUAAAAGAGCAAAAUAAGGGUUACAAUUUAUUUUAAAUUACUUUUUCAGAUAUUACUUUUUUCCUGUUAUUGUGAAAUGUGCUUUAUGUAUCUUUUCUUCAGCAAAAGUCACUUUGACUUAUAAUGAACAGUCAUAAAGUUAAGUUUGAUGACCA